AGCAGCAGCUUUGUGCACAAUACGAACUUAAUGUAACCAUACCUCGUCCCGUUAGGCCAGUGAACCCAGUUAAUCAUCUCAAGGGCCAAGGAGCCAUCACUCUUCCAACAGAAUCCAGGCCUUCGUCGGAAUUCUUCACCUGGGCACAUCCUACAUCCUACCUAUCCUACUCUUGGUCAUUCGUUUCUUUCCCUCACCUCACUCAUUCGAUAUCAAAAACAUCACCACCAUAUUGCAUCUUUUUCCUAGUACAUCAUUGCGUUCGUUCCAUCUUGAGGGUUUUUUACCUUUUUACCUCAUUUACGUCUUAACCCUCUAAGCGCUCGCUCGCUCCUACCUAAACGUCCUAAAGGCCCCCUAUCUUACCGCGACACCUUAUUUUAUUACCGGCAAUUUCCUGUCGCGUGUCAUCUCAAGUCACAUUUGGGUUUGUCAAAACGGUGCUCCAGAUUUAAGAUUAGCCAUCCCGUUCAUCACCAAUCCACGUGUCGCGGGAACUAUUAUCUCGCUAGAGUCUCGAAAAGGGAGGGGAGAGGGCUAGAUUAUAUCCAUUCGACUCUCACCUUUCCUUAUUAUCGACAUAUUUUCUAGCAUUACUCUAGACCACAGACCAUCACUGGUCAUCAUGUAUUCGACGCGGCUUAUGAACCUUUUGAUGGUGGCACUUUCGGUGUCAUCCGUCACUGGUGUAGCUUGGUUAGAUAAUCGACAGACUGGCCUAGGUCAUCAUGGAGUGAAGAGACAAGACAAUCCUCUCUCAAUCGCAACCGUCGACACCGACUCUUCGACGGCCGAUGCUGCUGCAUCCACAUCGGCCACUGACGAUGCGACGUCCUCGACUUCAGCGUCAGCCGAUUCGUCAACCGCUAGUCCAACCAGCACGAGCCAGGCUUCCUCAACUUCCACUACCGCGGCAGACACCACAACCCCGACGUCAACUCAAGCAACACCUACCAGUACCAACAACAACCCCACCACUACCGCCACAGCGGCUACUACCACCAACAAGGCUUCGUCUUCCUCAUCCACAGCAGCAGGAACGACUACCAAUGCCGGCGGCGAUGGUACCACCACUUCUGCGGCCCCCAGCACGACUGCAGCGCCUUCUACUUCAACAUUCGUAACCAUCAUCACCACUACGGAUUCGGCAGGACAAACAGUUACUACCUCUUCGUCUAGUGUUGUAGUGUCUACACCCACGGCUGCCGCUUCUACAUCCAACACCUCCACCAUGGCCCCGACUACCCGAAAGACGAUCAUCGGUGUCUGUGUCGGCGUUGGUGGUGCGAUCGUUCUUGCAGCUGCUGGUGUGUUGUUCUGGAGACUUCGCAGCAAGAGAAGGAGCCACGAGGAGAACGAGGAAUUGGUCAGCUACGGCGAUGGAUUCGGCGGCCCCGGCACUGCCGAGAAGAGCGAGCCUAGCGGUAGUACCGCCACCCGCAGCCCGUUCCAGAGCACCCUCGAGAGUUACCAUGCGCCGACGCAAACGAACGCUGCUUCCAACUUCUAAGCUUGGGAAUAUAACUUCUCAGCGUCAUUAUUAUCUCCUACUUAUCAUGCGGCAUUGCAUUAGACCGCGCUGGCGCCGGAGUUUGGAGGUAUUCGCAUGGCAUAAGCACUCAUCAUGUCGACCCGAUUUCAUAAGCCGGCACCCCAAGGAAUAGAAAAACUUUCCCACCUUAUCUCACGAAACACGUACUCAUUUAAGAAAAAAAGGCGAAGGCGGGUGUUUGUCCACGAGACUAGUUACGCGUCUGAUUUGAGCGACGAGUUGGACUUGGCCGAGCAAGGAAGGGACAACUCUAUGACCUAGUCUACGCAGCUAAGAUGGGAAAGAGAAAGGGGAUAUUUGUAUACAGCUUCAUAAUACCAGCUUCUUCGAUUCUCAAUCAAAGUAUAUACGAACACGUACCUAUUCUCGGAAG